CGAUGACGCAACGCGACAACUGCGGGUCCCGAUUGCUGCAGCCGCUUGUCAGUGUGACGAAGAUUGGCACUCAGGUUGGCCACCUGUCCCUCUCUAUAAUGCCCAGGUGUUUGCAGCAUCUGCAGUGAAGUGAUGGCAGCCCAGUCGGUUUCCAUAGACAAGUACCCAAAGGGAGAGCAGCAGAUGCAAGGUGUAGUAAAGGUAGACGGAGAUUCCGAGCAGAAGUAUCUUGAGGGGACGUUGGCAGAGGUGCCCAGCCCAGCCCCCACAGAGCCACAGACACCCAUGGACGUGGACAAAGCCUCCAUAUAUCGGCACCCCCUGUUCCCUCUCUUGGCCCUGCUGUUUGAGAAGUGUGAACAGUCCACGCUCAGCUCUGAUUGCAUCACCUCGGCCAGCUUCGACGUGGACAUUGAGAACUUUGUCCGCAAUCAGGAGAAAGAGGGUAAGCCCUUCUUCAGCGAGGACCCUGAACUCGACAACUUGAUGGUGAAAGCCAUCCAGGUGCUGCGCAUCCACCUGCUGGAGCUGGAGAAGGUGAGUGACCUGUGUAAGGACUUCUGCAGCCGCUACAUUGCCUGCCUCAAGACUAAGAUGAACAGCGAGACCCUGCUGAGUGGAGACCCGGGGAGCCCCUACUCCCCCGUGCAGGGCCAGGUCCAGGGUUUCUCCCCUAUCAAGACUCCGGUAUGGACUACCCCCAGCUCUAUCUCAGGGACCAUCAGUCCUCAGGGUCAGAUCGUGGUGCCAGCAUCAGCCCUGCAGCAAGGGAACGUUACCGUGACAGCCGUCAACCCCACCCAAAUGGUCGCAGGUAUGUCACCAUGGCAUACAACAACUCCGCCCUCAGGUGGGACGGUGUACCAGCCUGUUACAGUCGUCACUCCUCAGGGUCAAGUGGUAACACAGGCUCUUUCUCCCGGGACAAUACGCGUCCAAAACAAUCAGCUCCAGCUGCAGUUUCACCAGGACCUGAACCUCUUUAAUCACGACGACAACUCAUCUAAGAACAAACGUGGCGUUCUACCUAAACUGGCCACCAAUGUCAUGCGCUCGUGGCUCUUCCAGCACAUCGGGCACCCAUACCCAACAGAGGAUGAGAAGAAACAGAUUGCCAUUCAGACAAACCUGACCCUUCUGCAGGUCAACAACUGGUUCAUAAAUGCCAGGAGGCGAAUCCUGCAGCCCAUGUUGGAUGCCAGCUCCUCUGACACCAAAAGCCAAGAAAAGACGCCUCAGAACCGGCCGCUGCAGCGCUUCUGGCCGGACUCCAUCGCCACAGGAGGGGGGGGCCAGCAGCAAGUCACCAUGCCUGAUGGGACAAUGGUGACGAUGAACAUGGAGAGUCUGCAGAGCCUGACGUCAGACGGGGCCACUCUGGCAAUACAGCAGGUGAUGCUGGGGGGCCACAGCGAGGACGAGUCGGGGGACAGUGGAGACGAAGACGAUGACGUGGACAUGGCCGGGCUAGGCCUGGACAACAGCGACUCGUUGCAGUAGAGGACACACACCUCACACUCUGAACUACACACAAGACAUGUGUCAAUAGUUCUCUUAAAAUCCUAGUACAGACACACAUUAGGUUUACAUCCAGCACAAAGUACAGGACGUCCCGCUCCUGCACUCCGACCCCCCACCCUGCUGAACAGCAGUUUAUGCUGAGUACGUACAUCAGGAGUUUCCUUUCAGAAACCCUUUUUUCAUUAUUUAGUUGAUGUAUGCGAGUGCACUUUUUGUAUAUUUAAGCUCAAAAAGAUGAAAUCAAACAGAAGAAAAAGUAAGUGUUUAACACUUGAAGCAAGUUUGUAUGCUCCGUUGAUAAAUGUUGACUGAUCUAUGAUUUGUUUCUCGGCCCCUGUUCCCCGUCCCCAGUUGAAUUCUCAUUUUGGAUGCCAACAAUUUUCAAGUUGUAUCUGUAAGGGUUUGUCUUCACUUUUUGCAUGCUUGUGUUUGAGUAGAUGUGCGCAUUUUUGCGACGGACUCCGCGGCUCUCACUCGGGCCCCUCACUCGGGCCCCUGCAGGCCGAGUAGAGCCUAGUGGAGAGAUUUCAAAAGGCUCUCACUCGGGCCCCUGCAGGCCGAGUAGAGCCUAGUGGAGAGAUUUCAAAAGGCUCUCACUCGGGCCCCUGCAGGCCGAGUAGAGCCUAGUGGAGAGAUUUCAAAAGGCUCUCACUCGGGCCCCUGCAGGCCGAGUAGAGCCUAGUGGAGAGAUUUCAAAAGGCUCUCACUCGGGCCCCUGCAGGCCGAGCAGAGCCUAGUGGAGAGAUUUCAAAAGGCUCUCACUCGGGCCCCUGCAGGCCGAGCAGAGCCUAGUGGAGAGAUUUCAAAAGGCUCUCACUCGGGCCCCUGCAGGCCGAGCAGAGCCUAGUGGAGAGAUUUAAAAAAAAAAAAGGAGAGAUGCUUAUUUUUAUAUACAAACGUAUGAAAUUCGUGUUUUUUGUUUCAUUUUUGUGUUCUCCUGCUUUGUAAGGAAUAUUUAUGUACAGAUUCAUAAUUAAAGUUAGCGACCCUGUUUUCCAGGGUUCUUUGAAGUUUUCUAAAAAAAAAGAGGAAUUGAAUCCUGAUGAAAAUGACUAUUUAAAUUGGUUUUAAACUUACAAUACUAACAUGGCCUUACCUGUGUUCUUUUUUUAAAGAAUUAUUGCCAAGAAGCACAAAAAGUCUGACCCUUGGUGAAAUUGGUCAAAAGGACACUAAACUGCAGUCCAUGUGUGUGGUUCUGUAAAGCAUUGUUAAUAAUGUUACUUUGCGUACUGCAACAUCUAUGUUAUGUGAAGUAAUCUUUCACAGUAACUUGACUGCAGUGCUCAGAUUUCUUGCAUACACUUUUACCCUCAUUGUGUAUAACAUACGUUAUGUCUUUUAAUCAUUUGACAGUAGUAGCAAACUUUCUAAAAUGCACAAUCCAGAACACUAUGCUAACCACACAAUCACAAGGGUCUGAGUAACCACAGUGAGGUCUGAGCUCCAUCGACAAGAAGCAGUGGACUUUUUGCACGCGUUAAACUUUUAUUUAUGUUCACGUAGAUGCUGUGCUGAAAACAGAGCAGGUGUUAAGUUGAGCGCCGGCCUGAGGGAUGCUGUGGCCCCCUGCCACUACAAUCAAAUGUAGUGAGAGACUCCACAUCUCUAUCAAUAUGUUGAUAUUACUUCACAAAUAGGGUGCCUCUUGUUUGAAAAUCUGUAACAUUGUACUGUACAACAAUUGUCUGUCAAUAGCUGCAGUGUCUGGUUCAUUUCCUCUUGUAAAGUUGAGGCCUGGAAUGGUUAUUUGGUGCAGCUGAGGGUGGGGGGACACUGGGUGGGCUCUCGUCGAGCUCUCGGUUCCUCACUUGCUUUUUAUGAAGCGUUGUUCACUUUUCUUGUCUGUUUUGCCUUAGAGCUUUCUAUUUUGGAAUAAACGAUGCCUAACUC